AUGCUUACCUGUCGAGCCUUUCUCCUCUUCCUCACUGUCUCAACCAUUGCCGGCACUAGGAUUCCUUUGACUCACACCAACAGCCCGACGACCCGCCGCCACCUGGCGACUGACCCCCGUGUGCCUGUGACCACCAUCAUCUUCCACAUAGCAUACAAUGUGACCCUUGGCGUGGGCACCCCACCGCAGGAACAAACCCUGUUCGUCGACACGGGCAGCAAUCUCCUGUGGUUCAACUGCUUCCCCAUGGACACACUCACGCCGGCUUUCAACUCGACCAAUUCCACUUCUUUUGUCCCCGUUCCUUGCGCCGACUCAUCCGACCCCAACGCCAAGUACUGCAGCCACGACAACAACUUCGGCUGCGACCCAUCAGGGGUCUGCACGUACGACUAUUGGUACAUGGAUGGGUCCAACACUCAAGGAACCAUGGCCCUCGAGAGCAUCACAGUUGGGGACUCGGUUGUCCCCAGGGUGCCCGUGGGAUGCGCGCAAGCGGCUAACCUCAGCUCCCCUAUGAACGGGAUUCUGGGCCUGGGUGGCGGGUUCCUCUCACUGGCGAGCCAGUCGAGUGGGACGCUAGGCGGGGCCUUCAGCUACUGUCUCAGCCGCGCGGGAUGGUUGGAAUUCGGGCGGUCGAAUUUUUCCACCGAUACCCAGUGGACUCCUAUGCUUCACAGCAGCAAGUACCCGAUCUACUACUACAUCAACCUCACGGGCCUCGCGGUCGACGGGGUCCGGCUGGACGGCAUUGACGAGACGAGUUUUAGGAUGUCUGGAAGACGGCGAUGGAGGGGUGAUAGUGGACACGGGGACGACGUUCUCGACAUUACCUGA